AUGUCGCAAGAUAACGCACCCGACCUCAACUCCAUCCUGAGAACCCUCUCCGCAUUCUCCAAUCAGAACCAUGCUAUUGAAGCUGAUAACAGCUACGAACCACCACCAGUUCAACCUCUCCCUGUACCCCAAGCACAACCUCAGUAUCCCAGACAACCUCCUUCAUCAUCACCACCGUCAUCCCAGGCCCAGGCCCAGUCCCAAUCCCAAAACAGAGAACCCUCAUCUUCAAUCACAACAUGGCCCGCGGCUCUCAGACAAGUCAUGCGAACCGUUGCCCAAAAUGAGGACAUUCAGCGCCGCAUCCGCUUCCUCAUCCAGCGGCAGCACGACCAUGAGAGGCAGUGGUGGAAGGGACGUGAAGCACUGGUGCAGAAGCAAAGCGCACGAAAGGAGAAGAAGAGGGAGUUAGAUCAGGUUUUACGCUCCAUUGGCGCUCCGGUAGAGGAGAAGGAUGUUUCUACGGCCGAAGAAGACAUCGCUGAGGUUCACAGCUACGAUAUCAAAGUGUACAGGGCGUCAAAGCAGAUGGCUGACGCUAUGCUGGUUGAGCUGAAAGCUCUGGAGGUACCGUUCUUCUGCAUCAGCAAAGGUCUUAUUGCGAGCGACGCAAAUAAGCAGAAUCAUCAACACGGGCCAGAUACGCCAGAUAGACAAAGCCGGUUGUCUGUGGAUGAACUGACGGCUUUUCAACAGCGGAUGUUGGAGUUACUGCAGGAUCUCUGCAAAGAAUGA